GAGCCCGGCCGCACCCGCCGCGUGGACGUGGAGCUGCCCGGUUGCCACGUCCGGCUGGGCCCGGGCGGCCCGGCGGGGCCCGGCCAGGUCAAGGUGAACGGGGUUCUCCGCAACCUGCCGUGGCGGCUGGGCCAGGACCGGGUCCUGCUGUACCGUCAGGGCUGGGACGUGGUGGUCCGCUGCUCCUUCGGCCUCACCGUGACCUUCGACGGCCACAGCCGCCUGGCGGUCACCUUGCCGGCCUGCUACGCGGGCGCCGUGGCGGGGCUGUGCGCCAACUUCAACGGGGACCCGGCCGACGACCUGCUGAUGCCGGGACCCCCGACCCUCGGCCUCGGCCCGGGCCCCGACCCCGACGCCCUGGCCUUCGGCCGCAGCUACAGGGUGCAGAGCCCACCCGGCUGCGGGGAGCCCGGGCCCAGCCCCUGCCCGCACUUCCCCCUCCUGGUCCAGCGGCUGCGGGCCAGCGGCAGCGGCUGCGGCCUCCUCCUGUCGCCCGACGGACCUUUCCGCCUGUGCCAUGGCCGCGUCGACCCCGAGGGCUACUUCCGGGACUGCGUCCUGGACGCCUGCGCUCGCCGCGGGCAGCCCGCGGCCGCCUGCCCGGUGGUCAGCUGCUACGCUUCCGCCUGCCAGGAAGCCGGGGCCACCGUGUACCCCUGGAGGACCGCGCGCUUCUGCAGUCCUCCUUGCCCCCCGCACAGCCACUACGAGGUCUGCGCCGGCUGUCCCGUCACCUGCCACAGUCUGUUCGCCCCGCAGCCGUGCCGCGCACCGUGCCGCGAAGGUUGCACCUGCGACGCGGGCUACGUGCUGAGCGGCGCCGCCUGCGUCCCCCUGGGCCAGUGCGGCUGCGUGCACCGCGGCGUCUACUACCAGCCCGGAGAGCGCUUCUCCCCCGACGGCCGCUGCCGGGAGCGCUGCCUCUGCGGGCCCGGGGGCGCCGUGUCCUGCCGCCCCACGCCCUGCGCCCCGCCCCGGGCCUGCCGCCUGAUCGGGGGCGCUCCCCGCUGCUCCUCGCCCCGCCCCGCCCGGACUGCGCGCUGCCUGCUGGCCGGCGGCCCCCACUACCGCACUUUCGACGGCGCCGCCUUCGACUUUCACGGGACCUGCAGCUACACCCUGGCCCAGACCGGGCCCCGCUGCCCCCGGGAUCUGCCCCGCUUCGGGGUGACCGUGGAGAACGCGCCCGGGGGCGCGGGCCGGGGGGCCCUGACCCGCCGGGUGCUGCUGCGGGUGCACGGCCACAGCUUCGACUUAGCUCGAGGGGACUGGGGCCACGUCACGGUGGACGGCCUCCGCCGCUGUCUCCCGUUCAGCCUGCCCCAGGGCCGCGUCCGCGUCUUCCUGCACGGGGCCAACGUGGUGCUGCUGGCGGCGGGGAGCCUGGUGCUGCUGUACGACCAGGAGUACCACCUGAGCCUGGCGCUGCCCGCCGGAUACGCCGGCCAUACGCGGGCCUCGUGCGGGCUCCUGCUGGCGCCCUCCGGGCCCUUCGGCGGCUGCCACGCCGCAGUGCCACCUCGCAGCUUCUUCGACAACUGUGUGGCCGACAUGUGCCGGGCCCGGGGAGACCCGGCCGUCCUUGUGCCUUGCCAUCCACAGCUAUGUGACCGCCUGCCCAGCUGGUGGGGCCCCGCGUGGGGCCCUGGAGGAGCCCGGCCUUCUGCCGCCAUGCGCUGCCCGAGCAACAGCCACUACCGCCUCUGUGCCCACCCCUGCCCAGCCACUUGCUCGGCUGCUCUGUCCAUCGUCCAACGCCCAGACACCUGCGCCGAGGGUUGCCAGUGUGACUCCGGCUACUUCCCGGCCGGAACCGCCUGCGUCCCCGCCGGUCACUGCAGCUGCUUCCGCCAAGGCCAAUACUUCCCGCCCGGCCAGACCUUCCUGAUCGACCGGUGCUCCCUGGCCUGUGUCUGCCGCCCACCGGUCGGAGUCACCUGCAACCCCCACCGCUGUCCCUUGGGUCAGAACUGCGAAGUCCAGGGUGGCGCCAUGGGCUGCCUGGGGACAGUCCUGCCCUCCAAGCCCCCGCGGCCGCCCCCCUUCCUCCCCACUCCCCUGCCCCGGCGGUGCCCCGCCCACUCGCGUUACUUGCCCUGCGGCCCCGCCUGCCCUGCCACCUGCUCGGACCCGUCGGCGCCCUCCCGCUGCCCACGACCCUGCGUGAGCUCCUGCCAGUGUGUGAGCGGCUACCUGCUGCGAGCCGGCCGCUGCGUGUCCCGGCGCCGCUGCGGCUGUCCUUUCCGAGGCCGCUUCUACCGGCCCGGCCAGGCCUUCUGGACCCCCGGCUGUGGCCAGCGCUGCCUCUGCUCGCCGGAGACGGGGGAGGCGGAGUGCCAGGAGGACACCUGCCCGGGGCACCCGGCCCACUUCGCCCGCCCCGCUCCCCGCUCUGGCCCCGGCGCCCGGGCACGUCACCUGCACGGCCUCCGGCGACUUCCACUACACCACCUUCGGCGGGGCUCACUACGAUUUCUCGGGCACCUGCGACUACCAGCUGGCGGGCAUCUGCGAGGCGGUGCCCGGCCUGCAGCCCUUCCGGGUCACCGUGCGCAACCGCGUGCUACCCGUGGCCUGCGCCCAAGACCCUGGCGGCUCGAGGCCUGCGGCCUGCGGCUGGACAUGAGCCACCGGCGCCCACACCUCAUCCAGGUGAACGGCGUGGCGGUGACCCUCCCCUAUUACCACGGUUCCCGGCUGCGGGCCUACGCCAGCGGAUUCCACCUGCGCGUGGACACGGACUUCGGGCUCUCGCUCAUCUUCGACUGGAGCAGCCUGGUGCUGCUGAGCCUGCCGCCGGCCUACGGGCUGCGCUCCUGCGGGCUCUGCGGGGCCCGGCCCGGCACCCCCCCGGCCGACCUGCCGCUCCUGGCGUCCGCCUGGCUGGUCGGGCGGCCUCCCGGCUGCGGCCCCACCUGCGGAACCCGGUGCCCGCGCUGCCCGGAGGGGGAGCGCACGCUGUACCAGGGCCCGGGGCUCUGCGGGCUGCUCACCGCACCCCUCGGCCCCUUGGCCCCCUGCCACGCCACCGUGGACCCCGCCCCUCACUUUGCCGACUGCCUGGUGGACGUGUGCCAGCACCGGGGCUGCCGCCGAGCGCUGUGCCAGGCCCUGGCCACCUACGUCGUCGCCUGCCAGGCCCGCGGCGUGGCGCUGCGGACCUGGCGGCGGCCGGACUUCUGCCCUCAUCGCUGCCCCCCGCACUCCCACUACGAGCUCUGCAGCGACGGCUGCCCGGUCACCUGCCACGGCCUGGCCCCGCCUCCGGGCUGCGUGUCCCCCUGCCGCGAGGGCUGCGCCUGCGACCCCGGCUACGUGCUGAGCGGCGCCGCCUGCGUCCCCGCCGCCCAGUGCGGAUGCGUGCACGGGGGCCGCUACCACCCGCGGGGGGAGGCCUGCUGCGUGCUGGCCGGGGCCUCCCACUGCCUCACCUUCGACGGCCUCGCCCUGGCCCUGCCCGGCCGCUGCGGCUACACGCUGGCCCGGGCGACGGCGCCCGCCGCCGGGGAGCCCCCGGGCCCGGAGCCGUUCCGCGUGGACGUGGACGAGGACGAGCUGGGGCCGUGGCGAGCGCGGCUCAGGCUGUACGGGCGGGAGCUGGCGGUGGAGCGGGGUCGGCCGCCUGGACGGGAGCGCUGCCACCUGCCCCUGGCGCUGCCAGGCGGCCGGCUGUGGGCCACGGCCGAGGGCCGUCACGUGGUGGUGCAGGCGGCCUGCGGCCUGCGCCUCUUCUUCGACGCGGGCGGCCACCUGCGCCUCACCGUGCCCACCACCUACCCGCGGCCGCCUCGCCGGCCUCUGCGGAACUUCAACGACGAGCGCGCCGACGACCUGCACCUGAGCCCGGCCCGCAGCCCGCGGCCCUCCUGUCCGCCGCACUUGUACGGGGGCGCGGACGCCUGCGGGCUGCUGCGGGCGCCCGACGGGCCCUUCGGCGCCUGCCACGGCCGCGUCAGCCCCGCCGGCUACAUCGCCUUCUGUCUGCAGGACAUGUGCGCGGGGCGCGGCGAGCGGGCCGCCCUGUGCGGGAGCCUCACCGCCUACGCCACCGCCUGCCAGGAGGCCGGCGCCCGGCUUCUGCCCUGGCGGGGCCCGGAGCUGUGUCCCCUGAGCUGCCCAGGCCGGCGGGCCACUACAGUCCUCUGCACGGCGGACCUGCGAUUUCAGCUGCGCCCAGGUGCCCGGCCCGCCCCGCUGCACCCCGCGCUGCCUUGA